AUGUCUGAUUUUGAUGCUCUUCUCGCCGAGUACACAAACAGGGAAAACCCUAAAGCCCACGGCGUUAUUUGUAAAUGCGUCGAUCGAAAUGGAAACGAAAUUUACAGCAAAGUAGCAGGUUACGACUCCCUUUCUCCUGAUGCGCAGCCCCUCCGCGAAGACGCCGUUCUUCGAAUUGCGAGCGCGACAAAACUCAUCACUAGUAUUGCUUUGCUGCAAUGCGUGGAAAAAGGAUUAGUCGGACUCGACGAACCGAUCAGCAGAGUACUUCCAGAAUUUGCCGACAAGCAGAUCCUGACCGACGUUGUCGGCUCAGACCUUGUCUUUGGGCCCAGCAAAGUCCCUGUUACUGCGCGACACCUUCUCACGCAUACCUCGGGCUUAGGUUAUUAUUUCACGAAUAAGUUACUCUCUUUGAGAGCGGAGGCUCUCGCCCGUGCCGGGGUAAAGCCCUCACUCCGGAUCACGGACCGGUUCGAUAUCCCGCUCGUCUUUGAACCGGGCACAGGCUGGUUGUAUGGAUGCAGCCUCGACUGGGCGGGUGUGGCUGUGAGUCGCCUGAACGGCGGCAUUUCGCUGGAACAGUACAUGGUGGAGAAUAUCUGGCAGAAGUUGGGUCUUUCUGCUCCAUUUCCGCACUUUAAUAUAGCUCGUCACCCAGGAUACCUUGCUCGUGCGAUGGGAGGGGCGCAGCAGACAUCAGAUGGUCGUCUCGAGCGACUUGAUACGUGGAGUUUCGACAACCCCGAGGAUCAGGAUGGGGGCAGUGGGCUUUCAUGCACUGCGAAGGAUUAUGUUGCAGUCCUCGCGGACCUGGUCUCGGACUCGCCCAAGCUCCUUAGACUGGAAACAAUCGCGGAGAUGUUCAGGCCUCAGCUUGAGUCAAAGUCUGCUAGUGUCGAUAUGCUGCUCCAACUGCGCUUCGCCUGGGAUAUUGUUUCAGGGCCGGUCUCGGGAGAUGCUGUCAACCAUGGGCUAGCGGGAAUAUUGUGUCUCGAUGAGGUAGCCGAGAUAGGGCAGCCGCGAGGCAUGCUUGGAUGGGGAGGAGCUUCAAAUAUCGUCUGGUGGGUAAACCGAGAGCGAGGCGUGGCCGGUUUCUUUGCGACUCAGCAGAUGCCGUUUGGGAAUGCCACCAUCAAGAACCUGGUGAAUGCUUGGAAGAAGGACUUUUGGGCAGGCUUUAAUGCAUAA